AAGCUUUAGCCUUUACCAUAGCCCAGGGUAGAUCCCAUCCUCCCGCGCAACAGGAAGCUAGGGAACUAAUAUGCCGCUAAUCUACGCUUUCGUUGCUCGAGAGACGACUGUGCUUGCCGAGUACACGCCAUUCAGUGGAAAUUUCAACACAGUGGCCAUUGAGUGUUUGCAAAAGUUGGUAAACCCAGAAAGCAAAUUCACUAUAGCGUGCGACCGGCACACCUUCAACUUCCUUGUACACAACGGAUACACUUACCUCGUCGUCGCGGAUGAGGCAUACGGACGCCAAAUACCCUUCGCGUUUCUGGAGCGUAUCAGGGAUGAAUUCGAGGAGCGGUAUGCGGACAAGUCGCGAACGUCCGCAGCACACAGCUUGGACCGCUCCUUCGGGCCCCGGCUGAAGAACCACAUGGAGUACUGCAUGGCCCACCCGGAGGAGAUCUCCAAGAUCGCCGCCGUACAAAAGAAGGUGAACGAGGUGAAGGAUGUGAUGGUUGAGAACAUCGAGAAGGUACUGGAGCGCGGGGAGCGGAUCGAGCUGCUCGUGGAUAAGACGGACGACCUGAGGAACCAGGCUGAGCAGUUCCAGCGCAAGGGGCGGCAGCUGCGCCGGCAGAUGUGGUGGCAGAACUGCCGCAUGAAGCUCGUGGUGUUGGCGGCGGUGCUGCUGCUGGGGCUGGUCAUCUUCCUGCUCGUCUGCUUCUCGGGAGGAAACUGCCUCAAGAAGAACAAGAACUAGAUACUGACGGAGGCGCUGCGGCUGUACGGCAAGAGCGGUGCUAGGCCGCCAGCGCGGGGGCCGGCUUGUGGUGGCACAUGGUGGGGCAGGCGGUCUGCGGGUUUGACACUUGCACACAGCAGGAGCACACUCACCACGCGCUCGUGGAAUGGGUCGUCUCACCUGUUUCGCAACGGAUUGGGGCUGCAGGUAGUUUGCGUUGUCUAUCUAGUUGCUGGUGGGGUGCAGCGGGCUCAUCCAGUGGCCUCUUGCAUGCUUUGCCCCGCACUCCCAUUGGCAUUUUUUGGGGACGGUGUGGCUCUUGUUUAGGUUGGCUGGGUAGCUGGGGGGCAUGGUGUUUAAUUUGAUUUGGGUCGCUGGUUUAGAUUUUGCUCUGUUAGGCACUGCCGACGGAUACAGACCUCCCUUUGUGGGGCGGUAAUGGUCUGGAGGAGGGAUGCAAAGACGCCUUGAGGGGUUGCAGAUCUGAGGGGUUGCAGAUAUAGGUAGAGGCUGAGGCUGUGAGAAGGUUCAUGGAAACGGUGUACAUAGAUGUGUCAGCCUGCAUAGCACGGCAAAGCGCAUGGUUUUCUUGGCUGGCAGUCGUCGUCCCAAGGCUGGGACCUGCAUUCAGGGUGCGUGCUGCCUGGAUCUACCAGGAGCUACCUAAGGUAGAUAACAGCGGUUGUGUAGGACUGUACUUUGAACUACGCAUGACAAACUGAUGUUUAGCAAGCUGUACGAUAACCUUGGUCGGGCCUGUCUUCGUCUUCUGGCUGCUGGAUCUACUUGUCAUAUGCAUUCCCCUAGUUUGCCGCUUUGCCAUGGCGCCGAGUGUGGUAGCAUGGCAUUCUGUUGCCAUUUACUGGCUUUGCCCUGCCCUUAGGUAGUAGGGCGGGCGGGGGCUAGGUUAAGGCAUGCAGCGAAGAGCCUUGCGCCAGCCAGCGGCUGUCUGUUUUGGUGGUCACGCUGUAUGUUGUGCCGCGUGCCAUCGAGCGACUUGUUGCGCAUGUACAGUUGACGGUUUGGCACGGCUGUUUGCGUUCAGCUGCUCUUUUGCGUAGAAAAGCAAGCGGGAGCAUCAUCGCGCGGGGGAAAGAUCCUGAAGUGCUCUGAACUUGUUAGGACAACUAGGUAGGACUUAAGCUGUGUUGGGUUCCUGGUCUCUGGUAGGAUCUGCCAUGGAGAAUAAGGAUCACUCCUGAUUGCCGCCCUUUGUAUACCUUGGACCCAAGUCGCUUGAAAUGACUACUUUGUAGCGUUAGUAUAGAUUGGCAAGCAUGUUUGGCAUGUAACAGUUACGAGGUUCGCCGCUCCUCUCAACGGCAGUCGACGUGUAUCGUUCGUCACAAUUAGGUCCUCCAAUUGCGGCAAACAACUCGGUGCACUUGAGUACACAACGCUAUCACCCAUCCCGCACCCUUCAGCCUGUCCCAACAACUUGCAAACCCCCCUGCCUAUCUCGCUGGUUUCCAGUCGUCAUACUGGACACUAUACAAGCAGUACCGGUGUCUGUUACGUGUUCCCCAACCUUCUCCUCCCUAAAAGUUGGCGACCACAAUGUAAGCA